UUGAGGGACAACAGCGGAGGAUUCAAACGGAACAUGGCUGCGGGCAACGAUGUUGACGAAAACACACAUAAAAGAAGAGGUACAGUGUGCAGUAUGGUGAUCGAUCAUCAGGAGUCGCCGGGGGGCUCUCGCGCUGGCCGACCACCGGUCAUCUUCAAUCCGGACUUCUUUGUGGAGAAGCUCCGCCAUGAGAACCCGGAUGUUUACCUGGAACUGGUGCUGAGUAACAUCACUCGCCUCAUCGAUCUCCCCGGGGCAGAGUUUGCACAGCUCCUUGGAGAAGAAGGCCCUAAGACGCCAACAGGGGGCAACGGAGGCUUCUUUCGCUCCUUCAACUUCCUCAAACGCAAAGAUAAGGGUGUUGUGUUUGGAACCCCACUGACAGAGAGCUGCAUUGCACAGAUCUACCAGCUCAUUGAGUACCUCAGCAAAAAUCUGCAUGUCGAGGGCCUGUUUCGGGUACCAGGGAACAGUGUCCGGCAGCAGACCCUGAAGGACCUCCUUAACAGCGGGGUCGAUGUGGACCUGAAGUGUGGGGACUUCCACCCCAAUGACGUGGCCACGCUGCUCAAGACUUUCCUGGGAGAGCUGCCCGAGCCCCUGCUCACUCAGAGACACUUCCACGCACACCUCAAGAUUGCUGACAUGACUCUGUUUGACGAGCACGGCAACAAGACCUCGGUACCCAAUAAGGAGCGUCAAAUCGAGGCGCUGCAGCUGCUCUUCCUGCUGCUUCCUCAGGCCAACCGCUCGCUGCUCAAACUGCUGCUGGACCUGCUGUACCACACCGCCAGGCAGCAGGACAAGAACAAGAUGUCCGCCUUCAACCUGGCGCUCAUGUUUGCGCCGCACGUCGUCUGGCCGAGGAAUAUGACCGCCACUGACCUGAAAGACAACAUGAAGAAGCUGAACGGCAGCAUGGCCUUCCUCAUCAAACACUCGCAGAAACUCUUCAGGGCUCCUGUCUACCUGCGGGAGUUUGCCCGAGUGCACUUCACUGGGACCAAGACUCUGCAGACCAAGGACGAUCUGGAGCUGCUGGCGGCGAGCAGCCCCCCCGCCCAGCGGGCCGCGUUGCCCCUGAAGAGGACGGCCCCCGGGGCCCCCGGCUCUCAGGAGCAGUACCAAUCGCCGUACACAGAAGAGGCCCUGAAGGAGCUCUUCAGACACGUGCACCACAACAUGCCCGACUCGGCCAAGAAGAAGAAACUCGUGCGACAGUUGGUGAAGCAGGCGACCGCAGGGACGCGUCCCGGCGAGGACCAGCAGGCCCCCGGCAAGAAGCACCCGCGCUCCCGCUCCUUCGGAGGCCUCAUCAAGCGGCGAGCUCGAGGGGAUCAGCUGACAGCGGAGAGGCGGCUGCGCCACGUGUCCCCCGAUGUGAGCGCGGCAGGAAGCAAACCUGGUAAAGAGAACGUGAACCUGCAAGGGGCGAGCAGCCCGCUGAACGCUGGUGUUUUGGGGAAAGCUGGACUGGUGGUAAAAAACCCAGACGUCACUUUCAAGAAGGACAAAGCGCUGAAGGUUUCCAAGCAGAACUCCCCCUCUGUGACCAGGAUGUGUUUCUCUCCCGCUCAGGAGAUCUCUCUGUAAUGACCCCCCCCCUUGGAGCCUCGUUCUGUGUCUAUUCCUCACUGUGAAAACACACGGCAGCUUCCAGCCGUAUGAAGGCGGGAGACUUAAGCUGUUAAAUAAAUGUCAUAUUUUAUGACAAAAAGAAAAACCACUACGACUCAAAGGGCUUCUGGUUAGUGGGAAUAUCACUGGGACCAGGAUUUAACUUUCUCUCUUUGUAUGAAUUCUUCUGUCUUCUGACACUUUUUAAUAUUUGGAAAUAGAUUUUUUUAUUUUUCAGUGACUGUAAGUAACGAAAUCCACAUGUCCUCCCUCACUUCAUGAAAUAAUACCUCAUAAACAGGAAGUGGUCAUCUCUGCAGACAUUAUUAUAUUCACCACUGUCUCAUGACCACUAGCGCGCUAAGCUAACUGUAGACUUUUUAAAUCUUUGCCGUGAUUUGGCGACUGUGAUGUUGUGCGUUUUGUUGUUGUUGUUGUUUUAAUUGUUUUCUUCAGAACAGCUGAUCCAGAAUCAGAAAGCAGGUCACUUUAUGUUCCUAAAAACCCUCGUCUUGAACUGUCAAAGCGUUGAUUUAUUCAAACAUUUGAGUUAUCGGUGAUGGGGGAGGAUUUGCUGUGUUGAUGGUUUAAAUGAAAGUUGUACUUUGGGAGAGG